AUGGCGAUUGAAGAUGUGACUACACUAGACGCGAGCCAAACUGCACAUGCAACAGGUGGAACUCAGGGAUUCAAUGGAAAUCAAGUUCCAGGAAUCGACUACAAUCACCCACUGUUCUUGUUGCCGGCAGACGUGAGUGGAAUCCAAAUUAUAUCUUUUCAAUUGACAGGUAUUGAAAAUUAUUCUCUAUGGUAUCGUUCUAUGAGAGUAGCUCUACUGGGCAGGAACAAAUUGUGGCUAGUUGAUGUGUCUUGUUCCAAAGAAAAAUUCCCAGAAUGUGUUUGGAAUCACUGGGAAAGAGUCAAUGCUAUAGUGUUAUCUUGGAUUAUGAACUCUGUCUCAAGUGGUCUUCUUGGUAGAAUAAUGUAUGCAUCUAGUGCUCAAGCUGUGUGGAGCGAUUUGCAUGAGAGGUUUAACAAGGUAGAUGGUUCAAGAUCUUUCAAUUUGCACAAAGAAAUUGCUACAUUGAGUCAAGGAACAACUUCUGUUUCUGUAUAUUUCUCAAAACUCAAGGAACUGUGGGAAGAAUUUGAAGCUCUUGUUCCGGCUCCUGGAUAUGAUUGUGCAAAAUCCAAGGAAUUUGUAGCACAUCUACAGAAAUUGAAGUUGUUUCAAUUCUUUAUGGGGUUGAAUGAAUCAUACAGUCAAGCUAGGAGUCAAAUCUUGAUGAUGAGUCAUACACCAACAGUUAAUCAAGCCUAUGGUCUAAUCAUCAGUGAUGAAGGACAAAGAUUUGUGGCAGCAUCAUCAGGAUUAUUGGGUGCAACUCUAGCAAUGGCUGCAAAUCACUAUGAUGUGGCUAUGUAUACAAGAACAGUUCAUGGAGGAAAUCAGAGGUUCAAGAAAAAUUUUAAUCUUCAAUGUGAUUUUUGCAAAAUGGAAGGGCAUAGCAAAGAAAACUGCUAUAAAAUUGUUGGAUAUCCUCCGGAGUACAAGAAUAGGAAGAAAGGGGGAGUCGGAGUUGGAAAUGUUGGAAAUGCAGCAUACAAUGUAAUGACAGAAAAUAAUGUCCAAUUCAGAAAUUCAAAUUACAAUGGGACUGCUGAGGGAAAUUCUCAAAAUGGUCAAGUUCAAGUUGCAGGGAAUGCAGUCAAUCAAAGCUCCAUGUAUAAUAAUACAGAUUCAGGAAAACACAACUAUAAUAUGAGUCAAGGGUCUACUAUCACUCAACUAAAUGUGCCCAGGCUGCCUCAAAUAACCAACUGCACUUUUUCAAAGGAGCAAUAUGAGCAAAUUCUGAAUAAGUUCACAAGUGUUAUUGUGUCUGAGAACUCUACAGCUAAUGCACCAGGUAUUAGUAUUGCUUGCUUAGCUUCCUCUAGUUCUCAAGAGUGGAUAAUUUAUACUGGGGCUACAAAUCAUAUGGUAGCUGACUUAAGUAUGUUGAAUCAGAACUCUGUGGUUCAACCAGAAUGUCCGAAGAAAGUGUUCCUACCUAAUGGAGAUAUAACUCAUGUGUCUCAUACUGGUUCUAGUAACAUUACAAACAGCAUUACUAUAACAAAUGUGUUUCAUAUACCACAAUUUAAGUAUAAUUUACUAUCUGUCUCUAAGGUCACCAAUGAGUUAAAAUGCUCAGUAGCCUUUUUUCUUGAUUUUUGUAUCUAUCAGGAUCUCUUCAAUGGGCAGGUGAGAGCGAUUGGUAGAGAAGAUAGUGGAUCAUACAUUCUUAGUGGAAAUGUACAACCAGCUAGAUACAGUAAUGUAGUCUCAUUAGCAGCAAAGGAAACACCAGUGAUCAUUGAACUCAAGACAAAUAAAGACAUAGAUCUGUGGCAUAAAAGAUGUGGACAUGUAUCAGCCUUAGUAUUCAAAAAAUUACUAUCAUCUGUAAAGACUGAACUAGUAACUGAGAAGUAG